CGGUCGUUGACGUACAUGGCAGUCCAGUGCCACGUGUGCGUAUGCCGUUCCGUUGUUGGUUCACAAACGCGCCAGUAAAACACACUUUUCAUAACCGUUUUUUUGUUUGUUUCGAUAAGAAAUAUGGUCCGAAAAUGCAUCGUUUGCAAACUGCCGAUGAACACGGGAAACAAGGAAAUUUCGUUUCAUUCGUUCCCCAAAGACCCGGCGCGAAGAAAACUCUGGAUGAAAGCGUGUAUGAUCAAUCUGCACUUGGCUUCGUACGCGGUGUGCUCGAAUCAUUUCUUACCCGAACAGUACUUGCCCUGCGGAUACUUGAAGAAAGACGCCGUUCCCGUCGUGGCGUUGCCUUCUUCGUCGUCCGCCGUAAACCAACUCCUUCCGCGCCAGUCUUAUGCUGCUAGGAUUCGACAACUUGCCGGUCCGUCGCAAACCCAGACACAACCAAGCGGCACUUUAGUUAGCACUCCUGUGGGAUUGUUGUUGGUUGUAAAAAAUAAAGAACCGGAAACGCGGGAUCCAGCAACACCCAGUCCAGAAUUCAGUACAGUUGCUACGAGCCCGAGUCCAGGCCCUCCGACGGGAAGGCGAAGGAUUUAUAAUCCGUGCCACAUAGGCGAUUUAAAAGCCGAACAUUUCGAUUCGCCGGGGAGGGCAGAAAGACUGGUGAAGAUGAUAAAACAGAAAUACAAAACCAAACAGUCGCAGUGUAAGAAAAUGAAAGGGAAAAUAAGACGACUCGAAAACAAAGUCAGAGCGUACCAAAACGCCGUAAGGGCUUUGCAGCAAAAAUAAACAUAAUGUAAAAUGUAUUCCUAAAAACUGUUAAUUGUGCUAUAAUUUUGUUCGAAUUUAAACUUCGGCAUUAUUUUUCUUUUAAUCGGCUCUAUUGUAUUUGCUAUCAUAUUAACGAAUUUGUAUAAUAAAUGGCUGUUUAUUUUAAUAAAA